GGUGGCCAGGACUCCUCCUCCUCCUCCUGGAUAUCUGACCGAAAGGGCAGGAUUCCAAAAGCCGAGAAGGGAGAGAGAGGAAAAGAGAGGCCAGCAGCCAUGAGCUACGUCGUCCGACCCUGGGCUCUGAGGGACCUCAAGGAUGUCGUGCGACUGAUUCGAGAAGGGGCAACAUUUCACAAGGCUUUGGAUCAGGUCAAAACUACCCCCGAAGUGCUGAGGGAGGAUGGCUUCGGGAUGGACCCCAAGUUUGGCUGCCUGGUAGCCGAAGUUCCCCCUGACCAGAGGAGCAAAGACGAUGUGCCCUUGUCUCUGCCUUCAACGCUGGUUUCUCCAGGGCACACCGUCGUCGGGUACCAGUUCCAUUAUUUCAGCUACUGCACCUGGACAGGGCGGAUUGUUUUUGGGGAGGAUCUGUACGUCAUGCCAGAGUUCAGAGGCAAAGGAAUUGGCACCAGUUUACUCAGCCAAGUGGCCAAGCUCGCGCUGGCACACGGCUGCACCCAGUUCCGGUUCAUGUUGGCCAACUGGAACCAGCCGGCCAUGGCGCUGUAUGAGAAACUGGGGGCAAUCGACGUGACAGCGAGGGACAACUGGGUCGUCUGGCACAUCGAGGGGCGGGCCAUGCGGGAGCUGGCGGAGCGGGUAACACAAUGAAAUGUUGCUGCCAUGAGGCAGCCGGGGAGAGAACCCAGGAGUCCUGGCUCCCAGCCCCCUCUGCUCUGACCCACCAGCCCCCACUCGCCCCCCAGAGCCGGGGAGAGAACCCAGGAGUCCUGACUACCAGGCCACCCGCUCUGAUCCACCAGCCCCCGCUCCCCUCCCAGAGCCGGGGAAAGAACCCGAGGAGUCCUGGCUCCCAGCCCCCUCUGCUCUGACCCACC